CAGAGGGUGAGAGAGGCCUUCCGGUUCCUCUGGCAGAUCAGCUGACUCUGUUGCUGUUGUCAGGAGACCUCACGAACUGUAUUGUAUGGCAACUAUGAAAAUUAUCGAGCCAUAGAAACACUACAAGCCGCCAUAUUUUAACUGGUAACGGCCACAUUUUGAUACACAGGGUUCUCUAGCUGCACCAGUGCUGAAACCAUGACAGAGUUUUGGUUGAUUUCUGCACCUGGAGAGAAGACCUGCCAGCAAACAUGGGACAAAAUGAUGGCAGCCACCACACGAACCAACAACCUCUCCACCAACCACAAGUUCAGCAUACCAGACCUCAAGGUUGGGACACUAGAUGUUUUGGUUGGACUGUCGGAUGAACUGGCCAAAUUAGACUCCUUUGUUGAAAGUGUGGUGAAGAAGGUAGCUCAGUACAUGGCCGACGUGCUGGAGGACAGUCGAGACAAAGUACAGGAAACCUGCUGGCCAAUGGAGUUGAUCUUGUCACCUACAUCACAAGAUUUCAGUGGGACAUGGCAAAAUAUCCCAUCAAACAGUCACUUAAAAACAUCUCUGAAAUCAUCUCAAAGCAAGUAACCCAGAUUGACAAUGACCUGAAGACAAGAGCAUCAGCUUACAACAACCUGAAAGGAAACCUGCAGAAC